GAGCCGCCACCCUCCCCGCGUUCCCCGCUUUCCCGGCCCGCCAGAGGCCGCCCGCCCCGUCCCCGCCGCCCCGCAGCCCGGCCGCGCCCCGCCGCCGCCAUGGGCUGCCUCGGCAACAGUAAGACCGAGGACCAGCGCAACGAGGAGAAGGCGCAGCGCGAGGCCAACAAAAAGAUCGAGAAGCAGCUGCAGAAGGACAAGCAGGUCUACCGGGCCACGCACCGCCUGCUGCUGCUGGGUGCUGGAGAGUCUGGCAAAAGCACCAUUGUGAAGCAGAUGAGGAUCCUGCAUGUUAAUGGGUUUAACGGAGAGGGCGGCGAAGAGGACCCGCAGGCUGCAAGGAGCAACAGCGAUGGUAGUGAGAAGGCCACCAAAGUGCAGGACAUCAAAAACAACCUGAAGGAGGCCAUUGAAACCAUCGUGGCCGCCAUGAGCAACCUGGUGCCCCCUGUGGAGCUGGCCAACCCUGAGAACCAGUUCAGAGUGGACUACAUUCUGAGCGUGAUGAACGUGCCGAACUUUGAUUUCCCACCUGAAUUCUAUGAGCAUGCCAAGGCACUGUGGGAGGAUGAGGGAGUGCGUGCCUGCUAUGAGCGCUCCAAUGAGUACCAGCUGAUUGACUGUGCCCAGUACUUCCUGGACAAGAUUGAUGUGAUCAAGCAGGCCGACUACGUGCCAAGUGACCAGGACCUGCUUCGCUGCCGCGUCCUGACUUCUGGGAUCUUUGAGACCAAGUUCCAGGUGGACAAAGUCAACUUCCACAUGUUCGAUGUGGGCGGCCAGCGCGAUGAACGCCGCAAGUGGAUCCAGUGCUUCAAUGAUGUGACUGCCAUCAUCUUCGUGGUGGCCAGCAGCAGCUACAACAUGGUCAUUCGGGAGGACAACCAGACCAACCGCCUGCAGGAGGCUCUGAACCUCUUCAAGAGCAUCUGGAACAACAGAUGGCUGCGCACCAUCUCUGUGAUCCUCUUCCUCAACAAGCAAGACCUGCUUGCUGAGAAGGUCCUCGCUGGGAAAUCGAAGAUCGAGGACUACUUUCCAGAGUUCGCUCGCUACACCACUCCUGAGGAUGCGACUCCCGAGCCCGGAGAGGACCCACGCGUGACCCGGGCCAAGUACUUCAUUCGCGAUGAGUUUCUGAGAAUCAGCACUGCUAGUGGAGAUGGGCGCCACUACUGCUACCCUCACUUUACCUGCGCCGUGGACACUGAGAACAUCCGCCGUGUCUUCAACGACUGCCGUGACAUCAUCCAGCGCAUGCACCUCCGUCAGUACGAGCUGCUCUAAGAAGGGAACACCCAAAUUUAAUUCAGCCUUAAGCACAAUUAAAGAGUGAAACGUAAUUGUACAAGCAGUCGAUCACCCACCAUAGGGCAUGAUUGACAACGCAACCUUCCCUCUUUCUCCCCCCGAGUGAUUCUGAAAACCCCCACUUCCCUCCAGCUUGCUUAGAUGUUCCAAAUUUAGUAAGCUUAAGGCGGCCUACAAGAGAAAAGAAAAAGAAAAAGGCCACAAAAGUUCCCUCUCACUUUCAGUAAAUAAAUAAAAGCAGCAACAAACAGAAAUAAAAGAAAUGAAAUAAAUGAAAUACAAAAUGAAAUAAAUAUUGUGUUGUGCAGCAUUAAAAAAUCAAAAUAAAAAUUAAAUGUGAGCAAA